AGAGAAAUACACCGACCUGGCCACCUUUGACAGCAUGGAUGACCUCAGCAGGCUGAAAGCUGAUUUCUCUUAUUCCUGGGCCUGGUUCGGACUCUGGGAUGACCCUGAAAACUGGAAAACCUCCAUGGGCAAUGACACCAACUCUUGGAGGUGGUCAGCAACAGGAGAAACCAGCAGAACCGGGUACCAGACAACCUGGUUCAGUGGACAACCAAAUUAUGCCUAUCAAAAUAAAGCAUGUGUAGAGAUGAGUUAUACUGGAAGAUGGGAUGAUGUGAGCUGUGAAGGGACCAAAGGAUUUGUCUGCUACAACGUUUCAGAGAACAACAAGAAAAACUAUUUCCACAUCCCAACCAGCAAAACAUGGCAGUCUGCUCAGCAGCACUGCAGGGAACACUUCACCGACUUGGCCAUGAUUGAGAAUGAGGCAGAAAACACUGAGGCCUUCACUGCAACACUGGGCACUGGUUGGUAUUGGAUCGGUCUGUACAGGAACCCCUGGACUUGGUCUGACCGGAGCCAAAGCUCCUUCAGGAACAGGCAUCCCAGUUUCAAGUUAUCUAAUGGUCAACACUGUUUUGCUGAAAAUACAGACCAUGAGUGGGUUCCCAAUUCUUGUGGAGCUAAGCUUCCCUUCAUCUGCCAUCAAGGACUUCCCCUCAGCUACUGCUCACAGCCCCCCCCUCGUCAGUACCACUAUGUUCCCACAGAAAUGAACUGGACCGAAGCCCGACAGUUCUGCAGAGAGAAAUACACCGACCUGGCCACCUUUGACAGCAUGGAAGACCUCAGCAGGCUGAAAGCUGAUUUCUCUUAUUCCCGGGCCUGGAUCGGACUCUGGGAUGACCCUGAAAACUGGAAAACCUCCAUGGGUAAUGACACCAACUCUUGGAGGUGGUCAGCAACAGGAGAAACCAGCAGAACCGGGUACCAGAACUGGCACCCUGGAGAACCAAAUGAUGGCAAUUCAAAGGAAACAUGUGUAAUCAUGCUUAAUGAUGGACUAUGGGCUAAUCUGCUCUGUGUAUGGACCAGAGGAUUCAUCUGCUACAACGAGAACAACAAGAAAAACUAUUUCCACAUCCCAACCAAGAAAAAAUGGCAGUCUGCUCAGCAGCACUGCAGGGAGAACUUCACCGACUUGGCCAUGAUUGAGAAUGAGGCAGAAAACACUGAGGCCAUCAAUGCAACACCGGGCACUGGUUGGUAUUGGAUCGGUCUGUACAGGAACCCCUGGCAUUGGUCUGACCGGAGCCAAAGCUCCUUCAGGAACUGGCACCCCACCUACAAGGAUCACUACUAUUAUGGUCAACGACACUGUGUUAUAGAAAGUACAGACCACGAGUGGAUUCCACAUGAUUGUGGAAAUAAGUUGCCCUUCAUCUGCCAUCAAGGUGACUACUGAUAAGUAAAAAAAGGCUUUAAGAACAUGAGCCUUUUCUCUGACCUGAUUUCUGUUCAGUUUUAAGGCGGAACACCGUUUU